UUUUCUAAUCUUUACUGCUAUAAUCAUCAUCAUCAUCAUCAUCAUCAACGGUGCUACAGCCGUAUAAAAGAUCCUCGACCUUACCAAGUCUAUUACGCCACACUGUUCUAUCCAUUGCCAACUGUUGCCAGUUUGCUGCGCCUAUUUUUCUACCAUCCUGAUUUACACCAUCCUUCCAUCUGAGUUUUGGCCUAUCCCUAUUUCUACUUCCUUCUAGUUUUGGCCUUCCCACAGGUUGUGACAUAAGGAUUCUUCUAGGAGAGUUUUUCUGCUGUGAUCUUGCUAGAUGUCUUGCCCAUCUUAGUCUUCCUAUUUUUAUAAGAGAUAGACUCGGACAAACAUAAGUUUGGGAAUAUGAUUCAAAACUCGAUGAUGCGCAGUGGUUCUUGUUUACUAGCGUUACCAUGGAAACGGCCAGUUUGCUGAUCGCCAGUGUCGUAGUUAGAAGUGCAUUACGUAUCGCAGAGAGUGUUUAACUUAUUGGUUUGAUCGUGUUGGAUAUUUUAUUAAUAGUUUUUAGCUUAGUGUUUGGUAUAUUAGUAGUAGUAAUUAGUGUAUUAUUAAGACAUUUAGUGUAUCUCUAGUGUGUUAAGUUAAGUCAUUAGUUAUUUAACAAUAUGCCUCAUAAAAAGAUAGGAAUCAAAGGGCUGGGAUUGAAUAGCCAAGCAAAGGCAAUAAUUUAUAAUGUUACUACAUUUAUGGAACAAGAGGCAGCACAUUUCAAAACAACCGAAAACCUGUUAAUACCUUUAAGUAAAUUGACGGAUAGGAUUCUAGCAGCGACGGGUAUAAGCAAAAACACCUUAACCAAAAUAAGAAAAGAAGGUAGAGACGUAAAUAAAAAUGAAGCGACUAGUUUAUCUUUUAAAAGUCCAAAAAGAAAACGUUGUCGUUCCAAAAAAAUUGAAUUGAGCAGUAGACAAGUGAAAACCAUAAAAAAUAUUAUAUACGACUUCUACACCAUCGAGAAAAGAUCCCCUACAAUUAAUGGUAUCUAUCAAAAACUAAAGAACAAACAAAUGGAAUUUCCAGGGUCAAAGGAAACAUUAAGGAAAACGAUAAUUAGAUUAGGCUUUAGGUAACAUAGUAAAAGUAAUUAUUCAGCUUAAAAAAUAAAAUUGUAUAAUGGAUAAUGUAUUUUAAAUUGAUAUUUUGUUGACAUCGUUUUAGUUCAACUUUCUACAAUUUACAGUUAUGAAGAAUGUUUUUUCAAAAGUGUCAAGUAUUUAUAAUCGAUAAUUUGUUUAGAUUUCGAUUUCCGAAAAACUUCAAAUUCCGGAAUAGAUAUCUUAGAACCAUCCGAAGAAUCGUAAUUAAAACUUUGUUUAGAAUCAUUGUUUAGAAAAUAAAUACAUUAGAAUUAGUAAAAAUAAACACUUGUUUAAUUUUUUUUUAUAGUUGAAAUCCUUCCUUCCUUCCUUCCUGAUAAUGUUAUUAAAUAAUUGUAAAUAUUGAGGAAUUUGUCAUAUAUUAAAGUACUCCUAAUAUUUUGCUCAUUAUUUUAUCAAAUGCAACUGAUUCAAGCUUCAUAAUUAUUAAAAACUAUGAAAAUAAAAAGAAACAAAUUCAUUCUUCGCUUUAAUUAAAUAUAAUUUAGGUGCUAUUAUAAUUUACUUAUAAAAAUUUAUUUCAAAUCUGCCUGUUUUCCUCCGCCACUGGUAGAAAUGGUUUGCUUGUCUGCGCGAAACGCUACGUCGCAAUCCCAAACUUAUGUUUGUCCGACUCUACUACGCCUUUACCACCAAAUGU